CUGGAGACCACAGGCAGAGGUUAUAUCUGCCAUCUUCUUCCCCCGCUCGCCCAAGCCUGGGAGGCACCAGCAGCCCUUUCUCUCCGGGCGGUGUGACGGGCGGGGAAAGAGCCCCUGCGCCGCGCUGCCCAGACAGGGGCAAGAAAACGAUGGAGUAAAAGCUGCGAGAACAACCCACUUGCCCUCUUUCUCCGACUAGGACAGGCAGGAGGAACCCGUCGGAGAAACCAGGAAAGCUUGGGGGAGGCCAGCGAGGCCGAGGUCCGCGCCUCUGCCAGCCCCACUGAGCCAGCCCAGCUGCCGAGAACGGGCAGGGCUUUACGCGGCUGAUCACAUGGCGGCGGGGGCCGAGCAGGAAGUUCGCUCCGUUCCUGUGUGGCGCGUCGGAGUUUCGGUCUUGCUCCGGGGUGGCUGGAGCACGUAGCCGAUCUCGGUGAGGGCUUCGCUGGAAAUCACUUUGCUCCAUACAUUUCCCCCUCAAAUAUUACUAGUAAAUUGACCCAAAGGAUGUCAUGACAGCUGUUCAGUGUCAGAAAUGAAGGCCACCCGGUAUAAGCAAGGCCAUCCCUACCCUAAGUAAUUUAACUAGAUCUGCUGCAUUCAUAAUCUCUUCAGUGAUGAAAUAUUGCUGGGAAGUAUGGAUAAAAAUAUUGCAGAGCAGCUUAAUAAGGCAUAUGAAGCGUUUCGACAGGCGUGUAUGGAGAGAGAUUUUGCUAUGAAAGAACUAAAGCAAAAGACAGACAGCUAUGAGAAGCAGAUACAUGAACAGCAGGAAAAAAUCGAAUUUCUAAUGAGCAUUGUUGCAAAACUCAAAUCACAGUUGGCUUCUAUGACUGCCAACAGAGUCAACACACAUAGUCAAGUUCCAGUCCACGAAGACAGUGAAAGGAGAAGAAAUGGUACCUUACUGAAUUCAGGUUCUGAUCAGCUCCAGGAAAAGCUGACAUUGGCAAUGCAGAGGGAGAAGCUUUUGAAGGAACAAUUGGAAAGUGAGAGUGUAAAAUUAAAAAAAACUGAAGAAGAUAGUAAUUUAAAGGAAAAGAAAUUUGAAUCUAUUAUCACCGUCAAAGAAGAUGAAAUAAGGAAUCUGAAAAAGCAGCUGAAAGAAAUAAAUGAAGCACAAAAUUGCAUACAGGUAUCAAGAUAUGAAAAAGAGGCAAGGAGUGAAAAACAUCCUUCGUCUAGACAGGAAUUAUCAUCAGGGGCUUCUUCUGCAUCUGUCUCUGAAAGGGAUGAACUGGAAAGUGCAUUCUGGGGCAUGAAGGAAGAAUUCAAUCGAAUACAUGCACUGGCAAGGGCGCAGACGGACCAGCUGAGUAAAUUUAAGCUACGGAGAGAACCUACAACUGAAAUUCCAUUCUCCAAGCCUAUCCAAUGCACUGAUGAACAAACAGAUGACCUUUGUAAUCCUUGGGUUAAAAAGGAUGCAAAUAGAGAUGUAUCUCACUUCCCAUCUAUUGCGUCAAGAGGAACGGGCCAAGACGAGGAAGAAAACUCUGUGGAAUCCCUUUCUAAGCUUAAUGUCAAGUUCCCACCUACAGAUAGUGAUACUGAAUUCUUGGAGAGCUCCCCAGAGACUACACCAAUUCUAAACACUUUGAUGACUGAAAACAUGCUCCCAAAUCAGCCAUUUAACAUGGACCAUGGGGACCAGGAGCCUCCAUGGAAGUCUCACUGUACUCAAGACACUGACUUGCUGGAACUUGCUUCUGCAGACUCGGAACUCAAGCAGUCAGGAGUAUGUGAAUUCUGUCAGAAAGUUUUCCCACCAUCUCUUACAUCCAGGGAGGAUUUUCUGAGGCAUCUGAAUUCACAUUUCAACUUGAAGUCUUAGCAUCACUGGAAAACAGAGAAGUUUUAUUUAAAUCAACUGAGGAUGCUGUGCUUUGAUUUUGGUCCCAAUAUAUAUAAAAAAUUCAGAAUAUAAGGUUGCAUUUAUAACAAUCUGUUGAGAGUUUCAUGCCCACCAUUAACAUAAUUAAAAUCAGAUUCAAAGCCCUAAAAUAAAUAUCCUGAAACUCCUUUUGCAUCAACAUGUUUUGUGUUAAAACUAUGGUUGUAGAGAGGGGUGCUGAAUGUUAAGAUUGAGUCUGAAAUGUAACAAAAAUCAAGCCCUUAUUUUGUAUAUAGAAUUGAUGAGUAUAUAUUGUGCCUUUAUAUUUCUAAAUAACUUAUAUUUAUUAGAAUACUUUUUAACACUUAGCAUACUAGUUGGAAGAGGUACAUGGAAGUAAGUGUUAUGCAUUUUAGUGCUUAACUCCAAGUACAUAUUGAUGGCCACAAAUAAUGCAUUUAACUGUGAACAUGUUACGUCCAUUCCCCCUCCCAUUAAAAUGAACUUCUUGUGCAUGUUGCCCCUUCUGUAAUUAGUAAUAAACCAAUAACCCACAUGUUUCACCUACUUAUAAUUGGAAUAUUAACAUUAAAGUAAACCAUAAAUGCAUUUAAACAUAAGUAUGCAUGAAACAUAUAUGCAGGUGUGAGUGCUUUAUCCUGUGGCCCAUAUCAAUUUACUUUAUCAAACCAGUUAUCCAGAACAGAACUUUGUAUUGUUGUUAACAGAAAGUAACAAUCAGUUUCUAUUUAAAUACAGUAAAUGCUCUUUUCUCUAUACUACAGUAGGACUAGAAGUAGGACUUUCCAUAUUAAAAAAACUAUUUAAGGUCAUUGUGACAUGCUUAACUUGAACUGAGGUGUGGUGUUUAGUUCUUAUUUCUAACCUUGAACAGAACUGUGGAUCUUCUUUCUGGAAAGAAGGCAAUGGCUAUGUAGCAACAGCCAGGUCCUGUAAUUAGUGUCCUGCUAUGUGCUUAAUUGAAGCCAUUGAAUGCAAAGGAUUCUGUCAUCUGCAGUCUGUUACAUACAGGGAAUUUAUAACCAAUGCACAAGAACUUUUUUUCCCCUGAAUGGACUGCCCUCCAUACAGAAUAUUUAAUGAAUAUCCAGCACUUCAUUGAUCUUGUUUGGACUGAGAAGUGAAGAAAAGCAGGGCCAGGCCUGGUUUGUACUUGGAUAGGGGACAUAUAGACAUAUCUAUGAAAUCACUAGGAAUCAAGCUAAGCUCCAGAGGCUUUAUUAUCUUUCUUUUACUAAAUAGCACUCAGAUAUUAAAUAUAUGGGAAAGGCUGUAGUUCCAUGAUAGAUGAAGUAUAUGCUUUGCAUACAGUUAUCACUGAGAUUCAUUCCCAUCUUUACCAAGCAGAGCUGAAGAUAUUGGAGGGCCGUUACAAGUCAAUGCAGAUAAUACAGAGCAAAAGGGAUCAAGUAUCCAAUUCUGUAUAAGGCCUCUUCCUCUGUGCUUAUAUAUAUUUAACUGUCCAUGCUUAGGAGAAAUGAACCGUUUCUUUCUCCUCCUCUCUGUAGAAGAAAUCCUAUCCUAUCCUGCUAGGUUGUUCAUUUUUAAAGCUUCUCAUAAUCUAGUUCAGGGGUUUUUUUACCUCAGCAGCUUCAAUAUGUGUUGGCUGGGGGAUUCUGGGAGUUGAAGUUCACAUCUUAAAGUUGCUGAGGUUGAGAAACACUUGUCUAGUCAAUCCUCAGUUUCCAAGGAAGCUGAAAUCAGCACUGAUUCCAGCCUGUUCAUCUUCUUUUCAUAUUUUCUCUAUUCCUAAUAAACUGGCUGGAAUUAUGACUAAUCUUAAACUGCUAACAAGAAAAAAAGGAAAGAAUUAUAUCGAUAAGGCAUAAUCUAAUAAUUGUGGAAUAUGGUAGAUGAGGUUUGAAACCUCUGGAUGUUGAACUACAGCUUCCAAAAGCUCCAGGCCAGCAUGACCAACAGUGGAGGAUCCUGAAAGCUAUGGAUCAGCAGCACCUGAAGUUCCCCACUUCUGAAUUAAGAAGAAACUGCACUUCAGUAGUACAGCCACAAAGGCCUAAGGUAAAGUCCACAAUCUCCAGUUCAAAUAGAUUAGGCUUUCCAGGCUAAGUGAAUUAAGUCAUUUAUAUUGAGCAUAUUACAGUAAUCCAUUUUACCUACUACAGUGUAAUAUUUUUCAGGAAGCUUUACAAAAUGGAUAAAUGCAGACUAUAGAAUUUUUGUUCCAGAUGUAAUGAUUUGUACAGUGAUCAGUUUUAAUAAAGUGUCAAUAUAUGCAGUUAAAA